GAAGAAGAAGAAGAAGAAGAAGAAGAAGAAGAAAGCAGAAGCCAUGUGCUGCGGUGACGAUUGUGAAUGCCGGCCUCUGGGCUUUCUCCUGGGUCUCCCCUUCGCCUUCCUCUCCCUCCUCCUUUCCAUCAUCGGAGUCAUUAUCUGGAUCAUUGGGUUGGCGUUGACUUGCAUAUGCCCGUGUUGCCUGUGCGUGACGAUCAUAGUGGAGCUGGCUCUGGGGUUGAUCAAGGCUCCAAUCCACGUGAUGAAGUGGUUCACCUCCAAGAUCCCUUGUUAGAUUUUAGUUUCGAAAGAAGUGUAUGACAGAAACAUUAAUUCAUCUCCGUUGGUGUUGGUGUAUUAUCAAGUAAUUAAUUUCAUUUUUUUUCUUUCAUAUU